AUGUCCCGCUUCCUCUGGGAGACCUCUGGCGCGUACCGCGCCCUCGUCCGCGUCACCGCGCGCUCAAAACUCGCCAUGGGCGUCUUCGUCGUCGUCUCCUGCGUCGCCGUGCCGCUCGGCGCGACGUACGCGGUGAUGGGCGCGACGAACCCCGAGGGCGCCGAAGACGCGCGCGCGCGAGAGGUGCUCGCGGGACGCGGGAUGUCGGGACGACGCGAAUCGCUGGACUCGCGAAUGCUGCGAGAGAGGAACAGACAGAAUUUGAUGGACAUGCUGCGAGACGCGAACGAUGGAGGAGCCAACAUGGACGCGCGGUGGAAAAAGGCGCUCGGGAAGCGAACGUAG